UUUAACGGCAAUCACAUGAUCAAGUACCACGCCAUCACAUGGCGCAUGCGCAAUAUAGACCCGGAAUUUCCUCUUUUCAAAAUGGCAGCCGCAAUGGAUGUAGACACACCAAGCGGGGCGAAUAACAGCGCUGGGAAGAAGCGCUUUGAGGUUAAGAAGUGGAAUGCAGUUGCUCUUUGGGCCUGGGACAUUGUAGUGGACAAUUGUGCCAUCUGCAGGAACCACAUCAUGGACUUGUGCAUAGAGUGCCAAGCAAACCAAGCUUCUGCUACUUCUGAGGAAUGUACUGUGGCGUGGGGUGUGUGUAAUCAUGCAUUUCACUUCCACUGCAUUUCCCGCUGGUUGAAGACUCGGCAAGUUUGCCCACUGGAUAAUAGAGAGUGGGAAUUUCAGAAGUAUGGUCAUUAGAAGCUCAGCAUGCAGGGAUGUGUGGCAGUGCUAUGGCUGCAGCUUUCUUCAAUGAGGCAGAACGAUCAACUGCUUUCCAGCGCAGUACCUUGUUGAUCCUGAAAUUUGAACUUUUCCUCAUGUUGACACACAACCCACCCUACUUUUUUUUUCUUUUAAAUAGUUUAAUAGUUAUGUGUUUAAUAUCCAAAUAAACUAUUGGAAUGUA